AUUGGAACAAGCUCUUGUAUUUCUAAAGAGGAUGACACAAAUAGACAACCCUAAGGAGGCUUUCGCCUUCCUCCGCCCAAGCUGUGUGACGUUGACUCGGGCGCCCACAAUCUCAAACGUGAAGAUCUUGCAGAAGAAUCUGCACACGGUCAGCGACGAGGCCUUGCAGCAGAUUCAGGACUAUGUCCUGUUCCCGCUGCGCUUCGUCCUCAAGGUCCCCGGACCAAAGCAGGAGAACCUCGUCCUGGCCGUGAUGGACACGGUGGGCUACGUCCUGGAGAAGACCACCGUGAGCAGCUGGGAGUCGUUGCAAAACCUCUUCACAGACUUCUGCAUGUGUAUCUCCAUCCCAGAAGACCCUGGGAAGCCAGCACCGGUCUCAGAAGAGCUGAAGUCAUCGGUUUUGAAGUGUAUGAAUAACCUGCUCCACGCAGCCUAUGGAGAUGUGGUGUUUAAACUGUACGAGCUGUCCAUGCUGCCUACUCUUGGUGCGGCCAUGUCGCUGCUUCUGGCUCUGGUCCAAGAGGAGCGUGCCGCUCGCGGAGUCCAAACGGCGGCACUGAAAUGUCUCCUGUCUCUGGCCUUCCAGUGCGACUGUCCAGAAGAUCACGUAAUUCCCAACAAGCAGGAGAGCUACGCACUUGGGAACGCGCUGGCCUCUUUUCUGCCAGGGGCGUCAAGGACAUUGAGCCAGGUCAUAUGCCACAACACGAUGUCGGGCCAUGCAGUGAUAACGAGGGCUACCAGAGCACUGUACAGAAUUAUAGGUGCUGUGAUGGACGAUGCAGAACUUGCCAACCAGGAGACUGCCAAAGCAGCAUCAUCAUCAUCAUCAUCAACCAAAGCACCACCAAGGCAACCUGGGAAAUUGGGGGAGUUAGAAGUUCAUAGAAGUUCGAAUUGGACCAAGGAAACCUCUCAGAGACUUUCUAUGGUUUUCCAGAAAAUCAUCUCCUGUAUUUCCGGCCAUCAGCAUUGGAAAGUGAGGCUGGAGAUGGUAAGCAUGUGCGAAUACCUGUUGACCAGGUGUUCAAGUUCCCUUUCGGAGUGCACAGGUUCUUUCCUUGAAGCUCUGGUCGGAGCGGUUAAUGACGAAGACAUCUCUGUGAGGGAAAAAGCAAGUAAGGCCUUACAAAAGAUUUCUCAAAGUGAAAGUGACACAGCAGGGCGUGUGGCCUUUACUGACAUCCUCUCGGAAAAGCUUCACGCGUUGUCCACCUCCUUGCCACAGCUCAUGAAAGCGUCCGAUGAUCAACGCAAGCUUUUUGUCCUCAGAGUUUUUCUGGGAUAUCUGAAGGUCCUUGGGCCCAGUGUAGAAGUGGUGUUGAAUUCAGCUGUUCACCUUAACCGCAUCUCUAAGGCCAUGAUGCUGGUAUUGGAGAUGGACGUGACUAACGUGCGAAUCGUGGAAGAGAAAAACUUUCCAGUGGUGGUGGUUCAAGACAAGCCAGAAGCCUACGACGAGGCAAACAUAGUGAAGAAAGACUUCCUCUACUUCACAGAUGACAAGAUCCAUUCCGUGAUCAGGGAGAUUUGUCAGAUGCUGGGUUACUAUGGAAACCUCAACAUCCUUGUGGACCAUUUCCUUGAUCUGUAUCGAGAGUCCUCCAUGUACCGCAAGCAGUCGGUCCUGGUGCUAAACGAGAUCAUCGCUGGGGCUGUUGGCACUGACCUGAAGAUCGACCUGAAGCCAGCAACGGCCAUAAGAAGCCACUUGGAGUUGGCGCCAGUUAUAUCUUUAGUCAUUGAAGAAUAUAUUAGCGCAGAGAACUGGCAAUUGCCCACCAGCCAUGACCAUUCAGAUGAACAAGAUGAAAGCCGUCAGCGUCAGACUUCAUUAUUAGCAGUGUCCCAAUAUCCCAGUGAGUCAUGUACAGCAACAGCUCAAGGUCUGAAGCAGUUGAACAGUAACAUAUGGCAGAUAUGCCUUCAGUUGGAAGGAAUUGGAGUUUUCUCGAGAGUCCUUGGACCUGCCUUUGACCCAUUUUUGAAGACAGUGCUCUAUGCUGUGCUGGAGAAAGUAGGAGACAAGUCGUUACUCGUUAGCCAGUCAGCCGUCAGUACCUUGGCCUCGAUUUGCCAGGUGUGUGGCUAUGACUCUCUAAUUCAGCUGAUCAACAGGAACGCAGACUACCUGUUGAACGACAUCUCGCUCCACCUCGGGAGGCCCAGUGUCCAAUCACACGCCCCGAGGGUGUUCGCUGCCAUGGUGACCCAUUCGGAUGCGAGCCUGCUGCCUCUGGUGCUGGACGUCGUUCAAGAUGUACUGACGGCCGUCGACCUUCACCAUGACAACAGAGCUUCAGAGUUUCUGGAGGUGCUUCAUGCGGUCAUGAAAGGAGUGGCAAGAGUAGUCUCCAGCAACAAGAAGGAAGAAAGUUCACCAGAAACAGAAAACAAAGAUGUCUUUGAUGCUAGAAAAUUCUUGCUGGAAUAUCGAACACAAACAGAACUGGCUGAAGGCAUCGUGGAGAGUGAGAAUGUUGAAGAUGAACAAGGAAAAGACGUUCCAUCCCCGAUGGAAGAGAAUGCAGCCCCUGAUGUAGAUGUUGAGAUGGAGGUGGAUCUGCCUCCGCACGUCACCAUCGCCAAAGAUGUGAUGGAGAGAUGCAUCCACCUGCUCUCCCUCCCUAGCCUCAGACUGCGGCUCAAGGUUCUGGACAUGCUGGAGCUGGGUGUGCGUGUGAUGAGUGAAUGUAAGGACCAGUUGUUACCGAUGGUGCAUCGCUGCUGGCCAGUGCUGGAGCGCCGUCUCAAUGAUGAAGAUCCCUUUAUUGUCCCCCAGGCAUUUAAGGUUCUUUGCUCUCUGGGAGAGGUCUGUACCGACUUCCUGAGGAAACGAGUGUCCAAAUCAGUGAUACCAACUGUGGCUGCCUUCUUGACCAAGCAAGCGCUAACCAGCAUGAAGACGGGCCCUCACUACACCCAAACCCUCAACUUCAAGAGGCAGCUGACCUACCUCCAGGGCCUCGGCUCUCUGUGCGUCUCCCUGGAUCUAGCGGAGUCAGAUGUAUUCUUGGUGACUGACGCCUGUUUGCCAUACUUGAGUGCCUUACAACCACCAAAACUUCAAGAAGCCGGCUGCAGUGUUUUCCAGUGUUUGAUUGCGAAGGAUCCUGAUGUGGUUUGGUUCACCCUGUGUGAGCAGUAUUGUCCCUACACAUACCCGCCCCCCCAUGAGGACCUGCUGCCUGUUAACCUCAGUGGAAUGGGGCGCCAGAAAAACGAAUAUUCAUCCAACGUGAUGAAGCUACUGGAAGAAUUUAAAAUGGAGGAAACAGGAAAUAGUGUAUGACAUUCAUACAAUGUGAAUAUUAGGGUGCCUUGGUCCUUGACUGUGCCGUAACUGUGGCUAAAGAAGGCUAAAGAACUAAACUGUAAGGAUAAUGUGUAUAUUAUUGUAUAAUAUUUGUCUUCU